GAUUAGGUUAGCUAAGACGCUCAGCUGAUUAUUAUGUAUGGAUUGUCAAAAGCUGUUUAUUUAUGAGAUGUUAUGCCUUUCGUGUGUAAUAUGAAUUUUAGGCACUGUAGAAUAUAAAUAAUGCGAGAUUUGAGUUUCACACGAUUGACGUGGCAAAAAAUUCGCGAUUAAAAAUGGUUGAUUUAAAUGAAUACAGGGAAAGUGUUCGACAAAUUAGACAAUACGCGGCCGAGCAUAAUGUCUCGGAAGCGCAAACGUCGGAAAUAUUUCAAGCAUGUUUCCGACAGUUGGAGGCAAAGUAUUCGAAGAAGUCGAAUAGACUAUCGAGGCCUUUGCGAUGCGCUUUCUUAUUCCUUUUUAUUUCUAUUAUAUCGUUACAUUUGUAUAAUCAAAGAUGGUUAAACGAUGCAUUUGUAAGAAUCUCACAGAAUUCCAUAUAUCCUGUUUUGUAUGCGCUACGCAAGUUAGCUAUCCCCAUUGUCAGUUUAUAUCCAUCAUUGUCUGAAUUGUACGAUGAAUGGUGUCUGAUAGAAAAUCCAUAUUUUUAUGUCAGCGACAUGGACUGCUGGCCUUGUACCAUGGUCUAUUCCGUGCCAGAUUUAACUGGUCAUAACAUCAACAAAUCAUUCAAUAUUGGUAUACCAUAUACUAGAGCAGAGAACAAUACAAAAGUUAAAAUGAAAGAUUUGGUUGAUACAUAUUGGAAUAAUCAAGAUAUUUUUGAUCAGGAUGCUAGAAGAAUCUCUUCCAACAAUGAAACUUUUAAAACUAUCCAUGAUGCCAUGAGAAACAGAUUGGAUAUCUAUCCAACUGAUUCACUUACUACUCAUAUAUCUUGGAAAGUGAAUCGUAUGAAGCCUAACAGAAUACUACGAAAAUUAUUUCCAAAGCCAAUUGGGACUCCAAGUUGGUGGAGUCAAGGCACGGAGAAAUAUAUUUUUAUUGAUGAAUCAGAAUCACCGUCUUACAUACUGCCUAAUCCUGAAUGCAGCAAUAUUGUGAUACGAUGUGUGGCUGGUGCAAGGUUGAUAAAAAUGAUACCGAGCUCAGAAUGUCUUCAACAUUGUAGAUCCUUGACCAUUUUAUUAUCUGCUGGACAUACAUUAUGGUACAAUUGGUGGUAUUGGAGACCCAUGAGUCUGCCAGUGUACAAUGCUACUGAUCUUUCUAUUGGUUAUCUAACUUCGUUUUGCUAGUGCCAUCAAUAGAAGAAACUAGUUGUCAAUGUGCCAAAGUGAUACAGCCAAAAAUAGCAUAAAGUCGCAUUUAAGCUUAUAUAUGUUUGCAUGUUUUUCGUUUCCCAAAUAUUAUAUAUAGAUAUACAUUCGUGAUUUCGUUUGAUAUAUAUGGUUUUUUGCACAUUUAAGUGUUAAGAAUAGUAUUACUCUUCCAUUACAAUAAUAAAUGAAAUAAAAGUAAAAUUCAACAGUCUACUAAUACAAAGUUACCUGAGAUUACUUUUCGACGUAUAGGCAUAUUCGUGUACCAAAAUAUAAUAAAAUGAGCUUUCUAUCUCUAUCUGCAUAUAGUUUAGAUACGUUUUUAUAUGAUAUUCAUAAUAUAAUCUAAGA